AUGGCGCCGCUCAAAAUAUCCAUCCGCGGGGUAGACGUGGUAGUCACAGCCCAGCCGCUCAAAGGCGACGCCUUUGCGCCCUUUGGCGAGGUUAUUCAGAACCCCAGGCCAGGCCUUCACCCCUCCAAUUUCGCCGGGGCCGGACCGCUGCCCUUGGCCGCUGUGUCGGCAAAUCAAGGGUCUGCCAUCAAGUAUCAGCAUAUCACCCGCAUGGUGAACAAGUACGAUCAGGCCCCGAGCGGCCAGCCUGGCGUCGCCGUCAUGAACAUGUUCGUGUGCGGGGCGAGAAAGCUGGGGAUGCACCAGAGCAGAUCUCACAGAAUCACCCCGUCCUCCCGUGUCUUCAAGGUGGAUAUCCUCGAACGCCAUCCCUAUACCACACAGACUUUUGCUCCGCUCAGCACAUCCGGCCCUGUCAACCCGCUGGAUGAGCACGGGUAUCUCGUUAUUGUGGCCCCUGGCCUCGAGUCUUCGGAUUCAUCUGCCAGCCAGAGUCCCGGCCAUUCACAGGCCACAGCGCCUACAAACCGCGGGAUCCACUACAACAGCCAGGCCCAGAGCCAGCCCGAUCUGCAGCGGCUCAAGGCUUUUAUUGCAACGACCGACCAGGCCGUCACCUAUGGUGCCGGCAUAUGGCAUGCGCCCAUGGUUGCGCUCGGGCCCGAAGGAUCAACGGUCGACUACGUGGUCACCCAAUUCGCUAAUGGAGUUGGGAUCGAGGAUUGUGAGGAGGUUGUCAUGGAAUCCUCAGAGAACAAUGGGCACGUCUUAGUUGAGCUUCCCGAGCCGUCAAGCUCAAAAGCUUCCCGGCUAUAA